CGGAGGUGUGGCAGGCGGUCCCGGCCGGCCCCGCACACCUGCGCUGUUCCCGCGCCGAGCCCCGCCCCUGUGUGCCCGCAGCCGCCGCGCCCCUCUCCUGGCUGCGGCGUGGAGCGGGCCGGGCGGACCGCGCGCACCGCCGUCGGGGCGCACGGAGCCGGCCUCGGGGCGCGUGGGUCGCGGCUCGGAGCCUGGCGGGUCCCGGGCGCCACGAUGAGGAAGCAGAGCGCGCGCACGGCCGCGCUCAUCCUCUGCAUCCUGUCCUACCUGCUGGUGGGCGCCGCCGUCUUCGACGCGCUCGAGUCCGAGGCGGAGAGAGGCCACCAGCGGCUGCUGGCCCAGAAGCGCGGCGAGUUCCGGAGGAAGUACGGCUUCUCGGCCGAGGAUUACCGCGAGCUGGAGCGCCUGGCGCGGCAGGCCGAGCCGCACCGCGCCGGCCGCCAGUGGAAGUUCGCCGGCUCCUUCUACUUCGCCAUCACCGUCAUCACCACCAUCGGGUACGGCCACGCCGCGCCGGGCACCGACUCGGGCAAGGUCUUCUGCAUGUUCUAUGCGCUGCUGGGCAUCCCCCUGACGCUGGUCACCUUCCAGAGCCUGGGCGAGCGGCUGAACGUGCUGGUGUGGCGCCUCCUGCUGGCGGCCAAGCGCUGCCUGGGCCUGCGGCGCCCGCGCGUGUCCACCCAGAACAUGGUGGUGGCCGGGCUGCUGGCGUGCGUCGCCACCCUGGCACUCGGGGCCGCCGCUUUCGCGCACUUCGAGGGCUGGACCUUCUUCCACGCCUACUAUUACUGCUUCAUCACCCUCACCACCAUCGGCUUCGGUGACUUUGUGGCGCUGCAGAGUGACGAGGCGCUGCAGAGGAAGCCGCCGUACGUGGCCUUCAGCUUUCUCUACAUCCUCUUGGGACUCACGGUUAUAGGCGCCUUCCUCAACCUGGUGGUACUGCGCUUCCUCGCAGCCAGCGCCGACCCGCCCCAGCGCGCUGCCGGCCGCGCCAGCUUGCGCCGCCUGGGGGCGCCUGGGAGCAGCGGCCUCGCACGGCCCCGCAGCCCGCCACACCCCAGGGGCUCCGCCUUGGUCUCCCACCGUGUGCAUCAGCUGGAGGCGUGCGCCCGCGACAAUCUGGGCUUCUCGCCCCCCUCGAGCCCUGAGGCCGGGCGCAGGGGCGGCGAGACAGACCCGCCCCGAGCCCGGCGGAGGUCCAUCUGACAGCCCUGGGCCGGAGUUGGACCUGGAAUGCCAAGGACUGGCUUCAUCUCCCUGUGCACCCUCCCCGGGGCUUGGGAAGGGAGGGUGAGGAGCCUCAAUGCUGUCUUCCACCACAAGCAGCUUCUCAUCACCUUCUGUGGCCAGUCCCCUCCCUCCUCUCCAAAAAUAUAUUGAAGUCGCAUCAUAAGCACAAGCCAGACUCUACAGCCACCCUGCAGAAGAAAAUCUCUUGUAGUCUAGUGUGUAGGAAGGAGUGGCCACAUCAACACCCAGGAGAGGCUCUGUGCAGGUCCACGUCACCAGCUGGCCCUUCAGAGCAACUUUUCUGUACCAAGAGGCUGUUUUCCGUGUUGUAGGAGAAAUGCACAACUCUCAACCCUGGAAUCCUCACUGGAAUGGGCGAGGCCAGAUACACUGCAAGCCCUGCCAUGGCCCUGUGUGGACGAGUUGGCCAGCCUGUGCACUGUUUAAGCCAUCUCUUGUCCUCUGUGCCUAGUGUGUGGUGUGGAACUGGCUCACAUGGACUUGGACACAGCCAAAUGCUGUGAUAUAAGUUCUCAAUCACCAGCAGUGUGACCUUGGGGGAUUGCAUCCCCUCCCCAGGCUCAGUUUCCACAUCUGUAAAGUGGGCUCACUCGGAAUCUCUGCCCCUCUUCUGCAUCUCUGGCAGGGCUUUCUU